AUGAAAAAGACAUUACCGCCACAUGCUAAGCUAUCAAAGGAGGCCAAAGAAUGCAUACAAGAAUGUGUUUCCGAGUUCAUAUCUUUUGUCACGAGCCAAGCGUCAGAUCGAUGCAAGCGAGAGAAUCGCAAAACACUAAAUGGUGAAGAUGUGCUUUGGGCUUUAUAUACACUUGGAUUUGAGAAUUAUUCGGAGGCUUUAAAGAUAUAUUUGGCAAAAUACAGACAGGUAUGUGCAAUACAAUUUUUUUUUUUUGACUGUGGUUUGGAUCACCUUUUUUUUUUUCUUUUUUACUGACUUUUUCGCCAUCAUUUAGCAUGAGCAAGAGCAAGCCCAAUUAAAGCCAUCCAAGAGAAAAAAAACAAAGGCACGAAUCCAAAGUGGUGGUAGUGGUGGUUCUAGUGAUGGCGGCGGUGGUGGUGGUGGUAAUGAUGACGACGACGAGCAAGAAGAUGAGAAUGAGGACGAAAAUGACGAUGAUAUUGAUUACGGGGAAGAUGAAGAAGCAUUUGAAUCUGAGUUUGAACAGUUGCUAUAUCAACAACAGCCGCAGCACCAUCAACACCAUCAUCAUCAUCAUCAUCAAGAGCAACAAGAUUCUCAGACUACGCAUCCUGGUAGUGUGGAAGAGCAGGUGCAAUUCCAUCAACUGGAACGCGGCGUUGAAUUCGUUUUGAGGAGCUCUCAUCUUGACCAGAAUCCACGUUUUCCCCGCUAA